CAGGAAUGCGGACAGACAUGGCGGCGCCCGGAGCGAGUGUGACAAUUUAAGAAAUUUCGUCCUUAGUCGGGUUUUGGUGUAAAAAUUCGAGGCCUUUGAAGUCGAUCGAGUUCGGAAGAAAUCGUUUUGGUCGGCCAAGUAUUAAAUACGAUAAAAAGCGAAAAGGUCGUCUCGACGUACGGAAAAAUAAAGGUUUGGAAAAUUGGAUCGAGGGGAGAAGGCCCGGUGCCGGUUAACGGCAAAUUACCAUGGAACUGAAACAUAUAUUUAAAAAAGUGAGAGGAUUACAAAGAGUAAAAAUUAUCUAUAAUUGUUGUAUUAAGAAUUUCUAUAGCACUACUGUGUCACCGGUUGUUUGUGAAGAUGAUGUUAAACAUUUUAGAACGUUAGAAUCGAAUCCGGUGAAUCAUACACUGCAGCAUGAAGGUAAAUUUUAUUCAAUCCCUCCCAAAACAUACAAGAAACUUUUUACUCUUGGAGGAUUUUCAAAAUCAUAUGAAGCUCAGUUCAAAACUUUUAGAGAAAACUGUAUUAUGGUGCGCUACCCGGCUUUGCAGAUUAUGAAUUAUUUGGAGACUGCAAAUUAUUCUCUUCCACCUGUUCAUUAUGUGAUUUAUGGUCGAAACGGAACGGGAAAAUCAGCCAUUCUCAAUCAUAUAGUUCAUUAUGCCUCAGAGAAAAACUGGCUGGUACUUCACAUUCCUUGGGCUCCAAAUUGGACUCGAAGGCCUAAGGACACUGCAACUUCGCUUUGGGAUCAGGAUACUAAUAAAAUGGAUCUCCCGAUCGACUCGGCUCUGUGGCUGCAGCAUUUUCACUCGCAAAAUACUUUGUUGCUUCAGGAGUUAGAUCUUCGCUUAAGCAAAACUUACGAAUGGAGUAAACGUGAGAGUACAAAUGAAGGAGAACCACUAACUGCACUCAUUGAUAAGGGUGUCAACAGAAUAAAGUUUGCGUCGGGUUGUGUUGUGGCUCUCUUACAAGAAAUUAAACUCCAUGUACAAACAGGAAGAUUUAAAGACAAGUUACGCGUCUUGGUGGCAAUCGACGGCGUAAACUGCUUCUUUUAUCCGACGAAAUUGAAAAGAGAAGACAAGUCCGUGGUGGAACCGGAUCAGGUGACGCCGAUCCACGCAUUUAGAAACCUUUUCGGUAACGACUGGACGGACGCGGCGGUGGUGACCACGGUGGAUCCGGUGGCCUCGGCAGAUAUAAAGACCACAGUCUACACGCCGCACGCUCUCUUGGGAAAAGAGGGAUUCGAAUGUUUGGAUCCGUUCGUUCCGAUUUUGGUGGAAAAUUACACGGAAAAGGAAAUAGACAGCUGCCUGGACUAUUACGUGGACAGAAUGUGGAUCCAAAAUGAACGCGGUCGCGGCGAAACGGGAAGGAAAGAAUUAAAAUUCCUCAGCGGUUACAAUCCCCGAAGUCUGAUGAAAAUCUGCGCCCCUCUCUGAGGUCUUUCCCCACUUCUUCUAACCUAAUUGUAAAGAAUGUUAAAUAUUUGUAACUUGGAAAAAUAAAAUGUAAACUUUUAUCCGCUAUUUCUUCGUUCUCGGCGCCGCCG